CACUCCAACAGGUAGAGAUCACCAGAGCCUAUCUGGCUAAGCAGGCGGAUGAGAUUUCGCUCCAGCAAUCCGACGUUGUCCUUAUCCUGAAUCAGGAAGAGGGCUGGUAUCUGGGGGAGCGUCUGCGGGACGGAGAGAAGGGCUGGUUCCCGCAAGCCUGCGCCCAGGAGAUCACCAACCGCAACGCUGUCGAACGCAACGUGCAGCGCCUGGAACGGCUGCGCAUUGAGACUGAUGUGUGACCACAGACGUGCGUCCCGUCUCAACCCGCUUGGAUGCCAGAGCACCGGAAGGUAUUUCAAGGGCCAGGGAGUUGCAAUAAUCCAGAUAUCGGACCGUAUCCGGGCCUCCUGGACCGAACCAAGACUCUGGUCUUUAUUUUUUAUUUUAAAUAAAUUGGAUUGUAGGAGAACCACUGCCUAAAAUCCAGCUGGAUUGAAAAACUGCAAAGAAGUCAGCGACUGGACGCCGUUGGAUUGAAUCCUACCCUUUUUAUAGAUUUUUCUUGUUUUUUAAAAGAAACCCGUGGAACGGAGUAAUUUUUACAAUGAAUUUUUAAGGCUCCUCAUGUUUUAAUCUGCUCUCUUUUCCCCAUAAUUCCUCAGGGGUCCCUUUAGUUAAUACUAGCCAAUAACCCCGCAUUGCCCCGGUAUUUAUUUAUCCUAAUCCUGUAUUUAGACAAGGGAAAACCCUGAUUUCAGUGACAAUUAAUUGGAAGAAAUGUAAUUUGUAAUGUUGGAUUUUCCCCCUUACCAGAGAGAGGGCCUCCCCCACCUUUUGGAGUAAUGUGAAGCUAUUACCAUGGCAACUCCACAGCGCUGUACAGUAGAAUCCAUUUUAAGGCGGUACAGUAGAAGCCAUUUGAAGGCCCAACAGGCUGUAUGUUUACAGACACACACACCCUGAGGGGGUGUUAGGGGUACACAGUACUUGUUUCCAGAGAGUAAGCAAUCUGUGUGCCAAGUUUGGUUGAAAUUGCUCGAGGCAUUAUGCUGGAAUACACACACACACAAAAACACACAUCCUUUUAUAUAUAGAGAGAUUCCCAGAUCAGCCUCUGUUUUAAGGGCCCCAAAUGUUUAAUCUUGUACAUAAUUCUCCUUUUUUCCCCCUUCCCUCCUCCGUAAACCAUUUAAUGACUCCAAACUUAUACAACUUUCUGUGACUGAUUUCUCUUCCCCUUUUUGCUCCGAUCCUAUGAACUGCCGGCUGAGUUGUGGUAUUAUUUUUCCUGAAUAUUCCUGGAAUAAAACAAGGGGGGGGA